CGACAAAGUUCUUCUGCAUCUUUUCACACUUAGCAACUGUAUUAUUUACGUUCAAUGACAUCUAUACAAUUUACGAAAAUAACGAAACCAUCUCAGGUGUCUUCUGGCCAAGGAUGGCGACGUACUGGAAUAAUCAACGUGUCUCUGGCCUUCGCAUGUGGUCUAUCUCUCGUUAUUUGUCUUGCAAUCAGUCUAUCACAGCCAGGCUCUUCUCUUUCCAAAGCCCACAUAAUAUUCGACGGAAGCUGCAGCAAAUCCCAAAAUACCAACCUUAUGCUUCAUGUCCUUCUCAAUUUGAUUUCUAGCCUUAUUCUCGCCUCGUCCAACUUCUUUAUGCAAGUCCUUAAUUCACCAUCCCGUCAGGAGAUCGAUCAAGCCCAUGGAUGGCUUCGAUCACUUGACAUCGGAAUUCCAUCGAUUAAAAACCUACGACACGUCUCGUGGUUUAAGAGAAUCAGUUGGCUUAUCUUCUUAAUUAGCUCCGUUCCUUUGCAUUUAUUUUUCAACAGUACUAUAUUCGAGACGAACUACUCGGCCUCUCGAUGGAAUCUGACAAUUGCAACCGAAGCCUUCACUCAAGGCGCACUUUACUUCCCCCCAGGGGCAAGUCUGACACCUGCCGGAGCAGGGUUCCCACCCUGGGACCAGAACAGAACUAUCAUGGACCAUAGCGCCAAUAGAAUUACAACCAAUUCAUAUCCUUGGUUUUCCCUUGGGCAAUCCGUCGAAUCGAACGACUACUGGAAUGCUCUAUCACCUAUUCGCCAGAAUAUCUCCUCCAUUGCAAACGAAGCCCACUCGUGGAUAAUGCUUGACAGUAAGGAUUGUCAGGCAGAGUACAUAAGCUGCAACCCAAGGAAAGAAUAUGGUGAUGUAGUCAUCAUAGUUGAAGGGAGUGCUACUAACUCAACAGGAUGGACGAGAUCGGAAAUCUGCAACCAUGAUUUAUCUAGCAACCUCUCAUCCUACUGGGAUACACCAAUUCCUGCUGAAGGCAUCAAUUCUUUGUGGUUCUCAACCCAAUGCAGUAUAAUUCGAGAGGUUCCAGAUUUUGUAGCCUAUGAUCAUAUGUGUGAAUACAACUGCUCAAGCGCCGUUGGCUUACCUUCGAACCCUCUCCCAUUAUCUAAGUUCCCACCGCUACAAGAGAGCUGGCACCUGGGAUUUUCAUCACCAUGGCUAGAGGAUUCAAUCAGUCCCCUACAGGUCCGCUAUUGUCUAGCUCAGCCGAUCCAGGAGCACUGCAAAAUUGGAGUCUCGAACGCGUUACUUCUUGUCGUUAUCACUUGCGUCUUUAUUAAAGCAAUUCAAGGAAUAAUAGUAGUCUGGAAGCUUUCAAAUGCGUCACUUGUCACUCUCGGAGAUGCAAUGGAAUCUUUUAUCUCGAAUCCUGAUCCACGAACCGAAGGUCUUGGCACUUUGGACAUUCUGGAUAGCGAACAACUUGAGUUUGGGAUACGAAGAACUUGGCCACCAGACGAUGAUUCGGAGCUGGCAUCGAUGUUGAGGUCGCGUCAGUGGAUAAAGAGACCUCGCAGAAUCAUGUCUGUCAUUCCAAGUGGCGUGUGGGGUCGUGCAUAUUUCAUGUUUUCUAUCGGCGUAGUCAUUCUCUUGUUUGGUGUAGGGUACAGCACAAACGGAACCGACAAUGGCUUAUACGACAACUUUAUCGAACGAGAUAAUACAAGAGUAGCUAUGUUGGGAGGUUUUAACUAUGGCUACCUGGGCUCACUUAUCAUGGUCAACACACCCCAGCUCCUAUUAUCGCUCUGCUAUUUUUCAUACAACGCUCUUGUCACACGAAUCCACAUUGAACAAGAAUGGAACUCGUACAGUUUAUCGUACAAGCCUCUUCGUGUGUCAUAUCCCGCCGGCGAGCAGACUUCCACCUAUCGCCUCGAGCUACCAUACAAAUACAGCUUGCUUCUACUGGGUGCCAAUAUACUCUUGCACUGGCUUUUGUCUAGUGCGGUUUAUCUCUUCAUAAACGAAGGCGAAUACUUGGACGAGACGUCCCAUCUUACAGGUUUCGAGAACCAGUUCGGCGUCUCAGAAACAUCCGUAGUUGCAAUUGGAUAUUCUACAUUUGCACUAAUAAUUCUAUCCAUUUUGGCAAUUGCAUAUUCUUGCCUGCCCAUAGUUUUAAGUCGGCGGAAACUGAAAGGACAGAUGACUACUGGAGGAUGGAACUCCUUAGUAAUAUCCGCCGCUUGCCAUGUUGCCGAUCACGCGAGUAGACGCCAGAGUUCAGUCAUCUCAGAACCGCUAGAAAGAAGCCUGAGUAGCGACUCGUCCCGUACCCAAAUACAGGGAAUGACACCCCCCACUUCUAUAGGAGAGGAAGAUGGCGCAGACACAAUUGUCACUCCUCUUACUUUAACCCAGAGAAAGGUCCGUUGGGGGGUUGUUGCGCUACCUCGAAACUUAGCUGAAUGCGAAUCGAUCAAGGACGAAGCAGACGUGCUCCACCUCGGCUUUGGUGGGGAGGAGGAUAAUGUUCGUGAGCCAGAGGAAGGGGAGUAUUAUGUAUAGAUUAAAUCUACCAAGGCGCAGUCUAAAUCAUUAGUUAUUUUGAUCUGAAGUCAUAUUGCUGAGGGUGCCGGAGAAGGGGUUCAAAAGACGGAGUUCCUAUUAUAAGGUAAUCUACCUAUUACUACCGAUUCACAUUAUGUGACCCUGAUUACCACCUUUGAGUUCGAUUUAAGUAGGUAAUAUUGUAAUAUUCUCAGACAACGAAAUCAUAUGUCCUAGGUAAAAAAGAUUACUG